AUGCCUGCCCGUCCGGCCACCAGAGGGUCCAAAUCCGGGGUAAAGCCGCCUCCUCCAAAAGGAAAGCCAACAGCGAAGACGAGGACCACCACCGACAGCGCUGCCCCAACAAAGAAGGUCCCUCGCUCAAGAACGUUCACAGGCUGCCGCACAUGCAGAAGUCGCCAUCUAAAGUGUGAUGAGGCCCGCCCAGUAUGCUCAUCCUGCCGCCGCCUCAAUCUCGUCUGCGAGGGCUACGAUGGCCAGCUCCUGUGGGUUCCGGACCCCCUGUGCUCCGCCGAGCAGAAGCACGCUCAUCGCGGCACGUCCUACCGGUACCCGCUUUUCACUGAGGAGGAGAGAAAGACGAUGAGUGUCGAGAUUGUGACGAGCAUGGGGCGCCAGUCUGCCGGCGAUAUUGUUCUGGAUCUCGACGAGAAGAGCGUUCAUAGGGACGAUGCGCAUGUAGCUGGUCCGUUUGGUGUGUUUAGGGCCUUUGAUGGCUCUCCGGAUGCUGGAUCGUCGCCGUUGCAGCAUUCUUUGUCUGAGAGCUCGCCUAAUACCUCGCCAUCCGAUGCCUUGCCAGAGACGGUGGACGGCGAGCUCGAUGAAGAUACCGAGGAGGUUGUCAUCGAGCCUUGGUCCGUUGACGAUAACUCCUUAGCUCUAGAGCCAUAUUUCUUACCUGGACCGUUCGACAACUUCAGCACCGAAGGCAUGAUCAAUAACAUGAGCCAGCCGUGGAUGCAUGGCGAAGGGUCGGGAAGUUUGUCUCACAUGAUGGCAAUGGACAACUCUGCACUAGAUCUUUUCUUUUCGCCAUUAUCCCCGCGCACGCCAGCAAUGGCUCAUACCGAGCUUGGGCCAGCGGAGGAUACAAAUAACCGACGCCAGAACCAUGAUAGGGUCCAAACCCAUAUAGAAGAACCGGCCAGUCCUUCGACAGACGAGCAAGACCUGUCGAUCUCGCGCAAGCUUUCUACACCCUUUACUAACAAUAUGCCGGCAAUCGAACCAUGCUUGCCGUCACAUGCAGCUUCCCUCUUACGAUACUACAAGACUAUGGAAUCGUCGUCGUCCGUCAAGGGUAUGAGGAUAUCACCGUGGCAGCUCUGGCUCCUGCCUUGCGCUCUAGAAACCUUUGCGGAACUGUCUCUCUGGAACACGACUUCGCAUACCCGUCACAGUAUCUUGUGUACGUUGCUAGCAAAGAGCGCCUUUCAUAUGCAUCAGUCUUCGAACAAGGAAAGCCAGAAGUCAACAAGACAGUGGCUGGAUAUUGGACAGAACUAUCAAAAGAGUGCCCAGUCGCAUCUCAAAAUGGCUUUACAAGGCGAAUCUGAUGAACCAAGUCAGGCCAAAUACAACGAGAUCCUCAUGGCUAUUCUUGCUACAGCCAUGGUAUCGGUUCUCUAUAAUGGAUCCCGCGCAGUAAAGAUCUUCCUCCUCGAUGCCGAACGCCUGAUCCGUCUCCGCGGCCUAGCGAUGCCCAAAUCCUUCCACGUCCGCGUCCUACACCAUGUCUACACACACCUUCGCGUUAUUGCAGAGAGUACAGACAUUGCUAUAGACUCUGCAAAAUCCCAAGCGCAGGCAGCAACCGAGAUGGCGGUGUCGCUCCGCAAGUUCCGUAUUGCAGAAGAUUCUCUCGGCGCCGACCUCGACCUGUCACGGGAGAAGCCCGCAGAGGUCGGCUACGCGGAUAUUCAUCUAGAUGUUUCUGGCCACUGGCCUGUGACGAUGUACCCAGAGAUCUAUGGUGUGCCAGAGUCACUGAUGACGCUGCUGUCGCAGACCAUUAGCUUCGCCAAUGAAAAGACCAAGCUGGAAGCCAUGGCUAUGUACGACCACCGCAUCUCAAUGGCCUUGUCGCGCCAUAUUAAACAAUUGGAGCAGAAUAUCUGGUCCUGGUCACUGGGAUCGUCGGAUAUGCAAAGUGGGCCGAGUCGUCCUCGGGAACUCGUCACUCAAGAGACGAAGCUCGUAGACCAUCCUAUCAUCCGAUAUCUGACGCUUGCCAUGCACCAGGCACUUAUCAUCUACUUUUACCGUCGCGUCUACAACAUGAGCGCAAUGGUAAUUCAGGAUUCUGUACGUAAGACGCUGGAUUUCAUUCAGCCGUGCCUUGAAGAGACAGCGGACGAUCACGACUUUGCGACGAGCAUAGGGUGGGCAGCUUUCAUUGCUGCGUGCGAGGCUACAACGCCUGAUUUACAAGAGAUGGGCCUCAAAGUGCUUCAGGCAAUUGAUAAUAGCGGCGUGAUAUUUGGUACGGAUAAGCCUAGUGUUUUGGCCCAGAGUGUAUGGGAUAAAAGGACGGAGACCGGUGAUUGGACUUUGAGCUGGCCGGACAUGAUGAAUACUAUUCCGAGGUGA